CCAGGGCUCCCCAGGGCCCAGCAAGAAGAUCCAGUUUCCUUUCAAGGUCUGCUCCAGUGUGGCUUAGUCAGGAAGUUCCUUCUCAGGUCUGACUUCAUUCUCUCCUGAUAAAACCUCCAGCAGUGCCCCCCUAGUUCCAUGUAGCUAUCAGUAGUUAUCCUCAACUCCCUCUGGGCCUUACUGGGUGUGCUGGGUAAGUCUAAAUCCUACCUCCUCCCCCUCCAUGUACUUGGAAUAGUUUGGCGCUAGUCAGUGGCGGACAGGCCCAUUGGUCCUUGUAGCCAACCAGGGAAAGGGAGACACUUAAGGGAAGAGAAGAGAGGCCAGAGAGAAGAGGCUUGCUGCCCAACCUCUCCUCACCCUCUCCUGUGCACAGCCAUUUCCCCCUGUGUCCACCUGUCCCAUCCCUUCCCCACACACACACACACAUAAGAACAUCUCUGAGUCUCCCUCUUGCUCCCUUCCUUGUCCUUCAUGGCCUCAUCCUCUUCCUGGUCCUCCCAGGUGAGUGCUCACGCCUGCUGUCACCAUGACGACCAUUCACCACAAGGAGAUGCUUCAGGAGCACGUGUCCAUGGAGUUCUCCAGUUCCACCACCCACAUGCAGACCUUCUCCCAGACAACCAAGAUCGUGGGAGAGGAAGUCGUGACGACGAAGUCCUCCAGCACCACAGAGUUCUUCAGCUUGGUGACCCGGAGUUCCAACAUCCCUGCUGGCGAGAGCAUCCCUGAGUUCGUGGAUAAGCCUCAGCCUGUCACCGCGCCCGAGGGGGAUAAAGCCAUGUUCCGAGUCCGGGUGCAGGGGAACCCCAAACCCAACAUCUCCUGGAAGAGAGAGAGCGGCACCCCCAUCAAGGAGUCCGCCAAGAUAUUCUACGACAACGUUAGCAAGGAGCACGUGCUGAAGCUAGAGCCGCUGACCUCGGAUGACUCUGACAACUACAAGUGCAUUGCAAGCAAUGACCAUGCAGACGCCAUCUACACCGUGUCAUUGCUUGUGACCGAGGGUCAAGAAAAAUUGGAUUUCAAAAAGAUGUUGAAGAAGAGGGGACCCCCUCCUCCCAAGAAGAAGCAGAAGGUGACGGAUGAGAAAGAGAUGCUGGAGAUUUUGUCCAAGGUGCCCAAGAAGGACUUUGAGAAGGUCUGUAUGGAGUAUGGUUUCACAGACUUCCGGGGGCUGCUCCAGAAGCUCAAAGGGAUGAAGAAAGUGGAGGUAGAGACCAUCCAGAUUCUGAAGCCCCUGGAAGACAGAGAGACCAAGGUGGAUACCACGGUGGUCUUUGACUGCAUAAUGGAGCUGAAGGACCCCAAUGUCAAAAUGACAUGGAUCAAGGAUAAUGAGCCACUGAGGAUCCAGUACUCCCUGGGCAAGUAUGACGUGAAGCAGAUGGGCACCAAGUACAUGCUGGUUAUUACCAACGUGAACAUGAACGAUGCAGGCACCUACAGCCUGUCCGUGGGCAACAAGCGGAUAAGUGCAAAGCUCACAGUGCUGGAUGAGCCUCUGAAGUUCUUGGGAGAGAUGAAGCCAAUGAAGGUGACGGAGCGCCAGACAGCUGUAUUUGAGAUCUGCCUCUCCAAGAAAGUGCCCAACUUUGUAUGGAAGUUCAAUGGAAAGGAGCUGAAGAGGGAUGAAAAGUAUGAAAUCACUGUGUCUGAGGAUGGUUUGACCCACACACUUAAGAUUAAGGAUGCCAGACUCAGUGACAGUGGCGAGUUCUUUGCCGAGGUGGGGGACCUGGUUCAGACGGCCCAGCUCACUAUUGACCGCAUCCCUAUAAAGUUUGUGAGCACCUUCAAGAAUGUGCGUGUGAAAGAGAGGAGCCGUGCAUGCCUUGAGUGUGAGCUGACAUCCAAGAAUGUGACCCUGCGCUGGAAGAAGGACGGACAGCUGCUGGAGCGUAGCUCCAAAUACAGCAUGAGCCACGAGGGCAAGCGAGCGGAGCUGGUCAUCGAGGAUGCACAGCUCAGUGACGGUGGCGAGUACACUGUGGUGGCCAUGCAGGAUGGGGACCCCGCGGAAUACUGCAGUACUGCUGUAGUCACUGUGGAAGAGCGGCUGGCCACCGUGAAGAGCGGGAUGUCCGACGUGCACGCGGCCACCGGGAGCCCGGCUGAGCUGUGCGUAGUGCUGAACGACGAAAAGGUGGAUGGCGUGUGGCUGAAGGAUGCCGAGGAGAUCACGGACUUGACCGGCGCGCAGAUCGUGAAGCAGGGUGCGGUACACAAGCUCAUCUUCCCCAAUAUGGGGCCAGAGCACGAGGGCAAGCACACAUUCAGGGCCAAGGGUGCAGAGAGCGAAGCCUCGGUAUUUAUUGCAGAUCCUCCAACCAUCGACCCAUCGGUACUGGAGGCACUGGCCGCGCACCCGGUGACCGUGAAGGUGGGCCACACCGCGAACAUCAAGGUGCCCUUCCGGGCAAAGCCGCUGCCCAAAGUGACGUGGUACAAGGACGGCAUGGAGGUGACGGAAGAGGAACGCGUGUCCAUGGAGCGUGGGGAAGACCAGGCGCUGCUCACCAUUUCAAACUGCGCGCGGGAGGACAGUGGCAUCGUUAUGCUCAAGCUCAAGAAUGACCAUGGCUCCGCCACAGCCACUCUGCACCUCAGCGUGCUGGAGCCCCCUGGUCUUGCCUCCCAGCCCCAAGUGACUGACGUGACCAAAGAGGCUGUGACCAUCACAUGGAAUGCCCCCACCCAAGAUGGGGGAGCCCCAGUGCUCGGCUACAUUGUGGAGCGGAGGAAGAAAGGCAGUAAGCUGUGGGUGCCAGUCAACAAGGACCCCAUCCAGGGCACCAAGUACACUGUGGAUGGCCUCCUGGAGGACACAGAAUAUGAAUUCCGAGUUGUAGCUGUGAAUAAGGCAGGCCCCGGACAGCCUAGUACGCCAUCCAGCUCAGUGGUAGCCAAGGACCCUGUCAAACCCCCGGGCCUGGUGCAGGGCCUGCAGGUGUCGGAUUCCUCCAACUCCAGCAUCUCCCUGGCCUGGCUGGAGCCUGCCGAGGGAGACCCACCCUCUGGCUACAUCCUGGAGAUGCGGGCUGAAGACAUCAAGGAGUGGUCCAAGUGCACAAAGAUCCCCAUCUCAGGCACCUGCUACACAGUAGGAGGCCUCACCGAGAGGCAGAAAUACUUCUUCCGAAUCCGGGCUGUGAACGAGGCUGGGUGGGGGGAGCCUGUGGAGCUGGCCGAGGGGGUCCGUGCCAUGCCACCACCAGGUGAGGGAUGCAGACAGGCCUGGGGUUUAGGCCCCAACAUCCUAGCUCCACACCUUCCUCUCUGGGACCUCAUCCCACAGGAGAAAACUGGGCGAUGCUGUGAUCAAGAAAGAGUCGUCCAUGCUUGUGCCUGGACAGAGCUAGGGAUAACCCCAGGGGCUUCCCUGCCAAAAACAAACAGACAAAACGAAAACCAAAAACCCCACUCAUUGUGUGCCGAAUAGUAUCUACUGUGUGCCAAGGGAGGUGUUAGGGAUUUAGAAAAAAAUAAGACACAGGACCUGCCCUAAAGAGUCUUAUAUAAUAAUAGAGGGAGACAGAUGAGAAAAAAUAAAAAAAUGCUUCACAGCAUUGCAGGGUUGCUAGAUGUCUGUAUGGCCUGUAGUGAGAGCAUGAAGGAGAAGAGGUUGGGAAAAGCUUUGGAGGGGAGGCUUAAAGCUAAGUCUUCUGGAAAGAGUGUUCCAUGCUCCCAUCUCUGUCUCCUCCACCUCAGCUGCUCCCAAGUUUGACCUCAGUGCCCGGCUGAAAAGUCACAUGGUGGUUCGCGCUGGGACAGCCCUCUGCAUCCAUGCCGCC